UCCCUAUCUACUCCUAUAUGGCUAUAUAUUAUUGUUGAAUGGUGCUAUACCUUAAACCUCCAAAGAUCAAAUCAUCUAGUCUAAACAUCAACUAAUAAUGUGUAGCAAAAUGAAGUUUAAUGGUGAUGUUAUGGAGGAUAAGAAAGAGCUACUUUUGAUUAAAGUAGAUGAGGGAGUGGAAUUAACAGCUACUGAAAAAUCCUACAGAGAUAUAACAUCUAUUCUCAUAUACAGCAUCUUCACAGCAGUUUCUGGCUCUUUCGUUUGCGGUUUUGCUGCGGGCUACUCUUCCCCUGUUCAGUCAGCAAUCCUCAAAGACUUGUGCCUUACUACUGCAGAGUAUUCGCUUUUCGGAUCAAUACUGACAGUUGGAGGACUGUUAGGUGCGCUAGUAUCUGGAAAAUUAGCUGAUGCCAUUGGUCGCCGUGGUACAAUGGGGAUAUCAAGCAUACUUAGCAUUGGUGGGUGGCUUUCUGUAGUAUAUACACAGGGUACCGGAUUUCUUGAUAUUGGUAGACUAACUCUUGGUUUUGCAUGCGGCAUCAUUUCUUAUGUGGUUCCUGUUUAUAUAGCAGAAAUAACACCAAAGAAUUAUCGAGGGGGAUCAGUGCUUCUCCAUCAGUUAAUGUUAGGUUGUGGAAUCGCAACUGCUUUCCUUGUUGGGCUUAUCACUAGCUGGCGCGUCUUAGCUUUAAUUGGUACUAUUCCAUGCCUGAUUCAACUUUUAGGAUUAUGCUUCAUUCCAGAGUCUCCAAGAUGGUUGGUGAAGUCCAGUUCUGAAUACGUCUAUGAAGUAGCUUUGAGACGUCUUAGGGGAAAGAACAUAGAUAUAUCUCAAGAAGCAGCUGGAAUUAAAGAGUACACGGAAGCUGUUGAAAGUAUCUCAAACGAUAAUUUCUUCAAUUUGUUCCGAGUGAAAUAUGCUUAUGCACUCAUUGUAUGUCUUGGGCUCAUGGCACUAGCUGGAUUUGGCGGGACAAAUGCAAUUCUAUUUUAUGCAACUGCACUCUUUGAAUCGGCUAGAUUUUCAGGAACUAUAGGGACUAUAGCUAUGGCUCUUAUCCAGCUCCCAACCACUGCUCUUGGUGUGUUUUUGAUGGACAAGUAUGGAAGGCGACCACUUCUACUGUUUUCUGCAGCAGGGAUGGCAACAGCUUGCCUCUUUGUGGCUUCAUCCUUCUUCUUAAAGGCACAUGGUUGGAUGACAAAUUUCAGUCCCUAUCUCGCCCUCAUCGGAAUAUUGAUAUUCGCCGCAACUUAUCCAGUGGGAAUGGGAGGGGUACCAUUUGUUAUAAUGUCAGAGAUAUUCCCUAUAAACAUAAAAGGAGCAGCUGGAAGCUUAGCAACUGUUGUGAGCUUCUCAAGUUCCUGGAUUGUCACCUACACAUUUAACUUCAUGAUGCAGUGGAGCUCCUCUGGUACAUUUUUCGUAUUUACGUGUGUAAAUGUUUUCUCACUACUAUUCGUGGCAAAAUUAGUCCCGGAGACAAAGGGCCGAACAUUGGAGGAAAUACAAGAACUAAUAAGUUACAAGUGAAACUACGUGGGAUCAUAAUAAUUAUGUAAAUUGUACUCCCUUGUUGUAGAGAAGAAGUUUGCUGCCUAGCGAAAAUGAUAUUUUGUUACUCAACUCGAUUAGCACCCUUAUUCUUGCUCUCUUUAUGUAAUGGGCAGCAUCCCAAGUUGGAUAAAUGAAUGAAAUGUAAUCGAACAAUUAGUUU